AUGGAGAGGCUGUGUGGAGAGACCACCACUCCAUGCCCUGGAGCCGAUGCCAGCAGCAGCCUGCUGUGUGCGCCGGGGGACAGAGAGCCCCAGCAGGCAGCCCAGCGCCCCGGGGAGAAGCCCGACCCCCACACAGGCAGCACGUGGGGGCACCGCGCUCCCACGGAGGCCACCUGUCCGGCUGCACACGCACACGUUUACCUUUGCUGGGCCGUACUUGAGGCCAGCCGGGCAGCGCACAGCUGGUGGGCAGCAGCACUUCUGAGGCAGACGGGCGUCUGCGGAGAGCAGCCAGCCGAAAACGGGAGCCAGCCCGCCCGCUUUUCUCGUAGGAGCGGCGACACGCGUGUUUCCGUGAGAGUAACAGCACGAAGCACCGCCGCCUGUCCGAACUGCGCCUCCCCGGCAGCCCACGAGCACCGGGCCGGCUGCGGGAGGGCUGCGGGCGGCAGCGCAGUGCCCCCCGGCGGCGGCAGCGCGGCCCCGCGGGUGCGGUGCUCUGCGGUGCGCUGCGGUGCGGCCGGGCGGGUGCGCUGCUGCUCCGGGCGGGCGCGGAGGGGAACGGCCGCCGGGCGGGGGGUCGGGGAACCGCCGCUCAAAUGGCAGAAUUGGCUUUUGGCAUUUCCGCAGCGCUUUCGCGUCCUGCUCUGCGGUCACUUGACCCCGGCGCAGCUGAUAGCGCCGUGUGACGCGGGGGCUGUCGCGGCCGUGACUCAGUGCCUCGUGUCGGCCCCAUCUGCUGACUGCCCACGGGGGAACCACCCGCACCCCAAGAGCGGCCUUUCCCCGGCCGUGCUGCGACUCCGUCUCCAGCAGCGCAGUGCCUGCAGUCCGCACUCGCAGCACGCGGCUCUGCGGGGCUUUAAUUCACCCCCGGCGCAGCACCCCAUCCCAUCCCGCAUCCGUGACUCGAGCCGGGCUCUGCCACAGCGCCAUCCGUGCCCUCGCUGCAAAGCAGCGCGGUGGCACGCAGCCCGACACCAGGCACGCAUACGCUCGCUGCGCUGCGGGGCUCACUGUAGCACAUUUGCAUAGGGAAAGGCCGUGUCAGCCCUCGGCGGGCAGCACCGUCCCGGCCUCAGCCCGCUGCCGGCUGCAGCGCUGCCAGAACGCUUCUGCGGGCCAAGGUUAAGGGCUCUGGGAAAAAGAAAGAAAUCUGCAAGCAGCAGACCGAAGCGUCUCUGAGCCGUGACCGUGUGCCACACAGCGCGCUCAGCUGACCGGACACGCUGGACUCAUCGCUCUGAGCGGAUGAGGACGGGGCCGGUUUGUGCAAUUCGUGAUAACAGCAUUUUGCAAACGUGAUGAAAAUGUGUGGUAAACCCCAGGCAAACUGCAGCAGCCUGUGCACACAACCCGUGCAAAAUAGGUGUGUCGGCACGGCCGGGCCCAGCUCUCCAACCCCGCUGUGCUGCUGCUCACAGCGCGGCACGGACCCAAACAGGAUCUGAGGCCGGGCACCACGAGGCCACCGCUCACCCCUUUGGGACCCCGGCUACUGCUCCCACUGUUUGCAGUCCAUGGGACAACGGCAGGCUGAGGAAUGAGCCCAGGGCACACUUUACAAAGUCUUCGUGGAGGCAGAAACCCGCUGCUCGGGACCCAAAACCCAGCUGUGGGUUGGGGGCAGCCACAGUUGUCCUCAUGAGCUGUGCCUGCAGCACUGGGGCUGCCCCACGCCGUUGCCUACAGCCUCCUGCUUCUGGCUCCGAGCUACAGCGACAGCUUUCAGAGUCCUGGGUGGCGAGAGGUGAAUGCCCACCCAGCUGCAGCUGCUCUCAAGGUUCAGAAAUAAAUGCUUUUGGACUUA